AUGAACCCAGCUGAGAGGAGAUCGGAUUCUCCAUACCAACCAAAUGCCCCGUCAACCCCACCUUCGCAAUCAGAUUACGGUGACUUUCCCAGCUUCACCUCCGUUGAUGGGGAGCCCCAAGCCACGUCCUUGGAUUCGCCAGACACUGAAUCAUCUACCACGCCGGAUACACCCAAAGCUAGAAGCGCGCCUGCUGGUCAUGCCGACCACGAACCCAAGUCGCGCUUGGAUAGUGAUCAGAUGCACCCACCUCGAAAGCCACCCAUCCCACCAAAUACGCACAUGACUUCCGAAGAAUACAAUGCACAACUCCUCUCCGAUCCCCGAAUGGCCAAUAAUAGUGCUGGGAACCCAGAAUUCUUGCAACAAUACUAUCGAGAGUCUCGGCUUCACCAUCUGUCGACGUGGAAAGCGGAAUUGAAAGCGCAGCUUCAAGCGGCAACAAAAGAAAAGCUUCAGUCCCAGGUCGCGAAAAAGAAGCCCGUCCACGGAGCAAGGAGAUAUAUUCUCCAUGUCGAUUUCGACUCAUUCUUUGCGGCUGUGUCCCUUCUCAAACACCCAGAACUCCGCGACAAGCCUGUCGCUAUCGCGCAUGGCUCCGGUUCAGGUUCCGAAGUCGCGAGCUGCAACUAUGCUGCUCGUGGGCGCGGUGUCCGGAAUGGUAUGUGGAUGAAGGGUGCCUUGGAGGCGUGCCCCGAGCUUCAAGUCUUACCGUAUGAUUUUCCUGCCUACGAAGAAGCUAGUCGGAAGUUCUAUAACUCGGUCCUUGCAAUCGAUGGAGUUGUCCAGAGUGUCAGUAUCGAUGAAGCCCUCAUCGAUGUCACUCAGCUGUGUCUAGAGGCGGGUGGCUCGGACGGGAGAGCCGUCUCGGAGGGGUCUGUUGAUCGAGAAAGAUCCAAGGCAGAUGAAAUUGCUCAAGGACUCCGUGAUUCUGUCAAAGAUAAGACUGGAUGUGCAGUGUCAGUGGGCAUUGGUGCAAAUAUUCUACAGGCGAAAGUUGCUCUGCGGAAGGCGAAACCCGCUGGACAAUUUCAAUUGAAGCCCGAGGCUGUCUUGGAUUUCAUGGGAGACCUCUCGGUCCGAGAUCUUCCUGGUGUUGGACAUAGCUUGAGUACCAAAUUAGAAGACCUUGGGGUAAUUUUAGUCAAGGACAUCAGGACUCUCACUCGUGAGAGAUUGAUCUCUAGCCUAGGUCCAAAAACCGGGAUCCGGAUGUGGGAAUACGCCCGAGGGGUUGACAAAUCGGAAGUCGGAAACGAGGUCAUUAGAAAGUCGGUCUCCGCUGAAGUCAAUUGGGGCAUUCGAUUCACCAAUCAAGACCAAGCAGAAGACUUUGUGAAGUCCCUCUGCGGUGAGCUCAACCGCCGAUUAGUGGAAAACUUAGUCAAGGGUAAACAGCUCACCCUGAAGGUUAUGCGACGAUCCAUGGAUGCACCACUGGAGCCAGUCAAGCAUCUCGGGCAUGGGAAGUGUGACGUUUUCAACAAGAGCAUUAUUCUGGGUGUUGCUACCAAUGCCACCGAUAUUGUAGCUAAAGAGGCCAUAUCGAUGUUGAGAAGUCUCAAUUUCUCUCCAGGCGACUUGCGAGGGCUUGGUGUACAGAUGACCAAACUUGAACUACUCAAGUCUGGUUCAUCGGCGAGUCUCAAUAGCAGCCAACGGCAACUCAGCUUCGCGAAAUCCCCAUCGCGUAAGAAGACUGUCACUGGUGCUGAUUCAAAGAGCCCCUCAAAGAACAAUCCCCCCCGUGUUGAAAAUGAAACGCCAACACAUAUUGUCAACAAAAUUCCGGACGUUCCUGGCUCUCAGUUUAUUAUGCCCACUCAGGUUGACCCAACCGUCCUGUCAGAACUUCCUAGCGACAUAAGAUCGAGACUCGUGGCGCAGACAAGGCCACCCGAUGAUGCUCAACCAGCGUCUCCAACACCAGCUCCAAGACCCAUUACUCCAUCACUGCCCCCUCAGUCCCAGUUGGAUCCUGAUAUAUUGGCCGCCCUGCCAGAUGACUUGCGUCAUGAGGUUUUGGGUUAUUACAAUCAGCAGCCAUCGAUAUCGACCCAACCUGUCGCAGAUAUAAUAUCGAUGGCUCCUGCCGAGCCUCCUCGACCAUUGUCUUCCGGAACUGCUGGUACAAAGAGACCAUUCAUACCACCAAAAAGAAAGCGCGGCCGUCCACCCAAAUUUUCAAAACUAGACGACGGAUCACAAAGGUUGACUAGCUUUGUUUCGAAGCCCUCGCCAACCUUUUCUCCCGUGGAGUAUGAAAUCUCUCGGCCACCUUCUCCGGUUGUAGAUGAACAACAUGGUAUAUCAGCAGACUUUCUAGCUGCUCUCCCCGAGGACAUUCGACGGGAGAUCCUGGAUGAACAACGGCGAACGUCGCUUCAACAGCCUCCUUCCAACCCCGCUCCCAUCUAUUCGAGCCGUGACACCGAGUCAGAUGCCCCUGCUGCCAUUCCCGCGGAGGAGAAGUGCUUGCCACUACCUCCUUUACCAAAGAGACCUGUAUUUACGUCACAAGGUCUCUCACGGUUAUCAGACCUCCGAGAAUCUGUCGGUGAAUGGCAUUCUGCCUUUGCGAGCCAUGGUCCGUAUAAUGAGGAUGUGCAAGUCUUAUGUAACUACCUGGGUCGCGUCGUUGUCGAAGAGAAAGACAUUGAGAAGGCCGUCGCUGUAGUGCGAUGGCUAAUCUGGCUCGUCGAAGACGAUAACCUUGGUCGCAAACCUAUUGAAAACCAAACCCCGAGGUCUGAGCAAGGUUUCGUGAGCUGGACAGAAGCCAUCGAGAUAUUAGAGGCGUGUGUUCAAACUGCUUUGGAAGUUCGAGGACUACCACCGGUGGACUUUGACUAA